AUGGACACCACUCAACCAUCUAACAGCACUCCCCUCCACCCUGAGCAGAAUCGUCUGAAGGAGAAGCUCACUCCACUUGAAACCUUUGAUGGGACUGAUCUGGCCAAUAACCCCCCUGGCGACUCAACGCCAUGGCCAAACUCCGUAAGCCAAAGGACAGUUUGGGAUCACGAAAUCAAGAUCAGCAUGCUUCAGAAAGCGCUUAACUUGGAUCUUCUAAAGGAAAUGGUCUCGCAGGUCGACACAGACAACAACGUAGAGUAUUGCACCAAACUCAGUAUGAUCGAGAAUAAACUUCUCCAGGAAAAGGCCAUUCAGAACUUUGGCCAGAGGUUCACCUCAACUGCCCCUCGUACUACCACCACCGCGUCCGCUGAUGCCAUGGACUGGCAACCCAGCACGACAUAUCUGGCCUCCCAUGCCAAUGUCACUAUUACCGGGAAGCCUUUCGGAGUUUCUGGGAUUACCGGUGCUGACGAUGCAGAAAGACGUACUCAGGGCGUAUGCAUCAACUGCGCGAAGCCUGGGCACAUUGCCUCGCGCUGCACUGACUCAUUCAUCCCUGUCAAGCGCUCUCAUGUAAGACCUGAGUGCCUUCGUCCAGCAUGUAAGGCCCCAGAGCCUUCGUCCAAUGUUCUUGAUAUCCCUGAGAAGACGCAAUACCACGAGAAUCCCCGGAGCCCGAUACAGAUGGCCGACUCGAUCCGCAAGAGAAACAUGCCAACAAGCACCGACAGCCUGCUGAACAACGUCCUUCAUGCAAAACACAUAGUUCUUGAAGCCCUAGGCAGCCAUAACUACCGUCUAGACACACCUCCUAGCAUCCAUGAUGUCUUUCAUUCGAACCUCCUUCAACGAGCUGCCACUGACUCGCUACCCUCUGAAAACGAAGAAAUCCGCAAUGAACGAAUGAACCACCACUGCCAGGAACUACCGCCGACCCACCCCCCAAAUCUUUCUCAAUGCUCCACCCGCCACCACUUGGUACGAUUGAAGCAGCGCUACCAAGGCAGCGCCUCUACCACCGAGGCAAUGCCUCAAUCAUCCCUGCAUAAUUCUCUAACUACUGAAGCUCCGCCUUCGCGCCUCUAA